AUGGCGUUUCCAAAGGAAAGUAUAGUCGUUCAAUCCAACCAGCACGGGCGUGUUCCCAACGGCCGGCUGGGCGAGCGACCCAUGGCGUCCAUGGUGCUCGGCCUGGUGCUCGCCCUGGACCUCCUCGCCUUCGUCCUCGCCAUCGCCGGAGAGCUGCCCCGGAGAACGGCGUACGUGAACGUGUUGGUGUUCGACGACGAACCCGAGAGGCCCUUCUGCCUGUACGGACACGAGACGGACGCGUCGGCGUGGUACGGCCCCGGCGCGCUCCUCCUGCUGAUGGCGGGGCAGGCCGUCGCCAUGGCCGCCAGCCGGUGCUUCUGCUACGGCCGCGCGCUUAAGCCCAGCCGCUGGCGCUCCUUCUCCGGCAUCUUCUUCAUCCUCUCCUGGUAA